UGGUUAAUUCCGAUAAAACAACCUGGAAUGCCUUAAGCCAACUGAAACAGUCACUAGUGGUCCCCCAAACAACAAUCACCGAUCAAGAAUGCUCCGACUUUUGUACAUUCCCCAGGCAGACCCAAAUCCCAUUCUGCUGGCUGGCUCACCAUGGCCUAUUAUUGUGAUUUUGGUGGCUUAUCUGCUGUUUGUCCUGAAAUUGGGCAAGAUCUUCAUGAAAAACCGGAAGCCCUAUGAUCUGAAAACAGUCUUGAAGGUCUACAACAUAUUUCAGGUGCUCUACAAUGGCAUCUACUUUGGAAUGGUAUUCUACUACUUGUUCAUCGUGGGCAUUUGCAACCUACGCUGCAUUGAGAGCUUUCCCCAGGGACAUGAAAGAAAACAGAUAGAACGGGUGUUGCAUGCCGCUUACCUCCUGAACAAGGUUCUCGAUCUCAUGGAUACCGUGUUUUUUAUACUUCGAAAGAGCUUUAAGCAGGUCACCUUCCUGCAUAUAUAUCACCACGUGUUCAUGUCCUUCGGAAGUUACGCUCUGACCAGAUAUUAUGGAACCGGGGGACAUUUAAACAUCGUGGGACUACUUAACUCCCUGGUGCACACGGUCAUGUAUUUCUAUUACUUCUUGACCUCACAGUAUCCCGCAUUGAGGUCCAAUGUUUGGUGGAAGAAGUACAUAACACUGACACAGAUCUGCCAGUUCUUCAUGCUCCUCAGCUACGCCGUCUACGUGCGAUUUUUCUCACCCAACUGUGGGGUUCCCCACGGACUGCUCUAUCUGAACAUGCUGCAAGGCGUAGUCUUCAUUUAUCUGUUUGGAAAGUUCUAUAUCCAGGCCUAUCUGCGACCACCCAGGGCAAAGCAAUCGUAGGCCUAAUCUAGAAUUUAACCUGUCCCUUGUACCCUGAAUAUAUGUAUAUGCGCAUUCAAUUAGUCGAUGUAUAUAACUUAGCACUCGCCUCUCUAUCAAAUUCCUAAUAAAACGGUAUUGACC